UUUAGGUUAACUAUAGUUUAGACCCAAGAGCUUGUUUGACCCUGGUAUCUUAAGUACAGAAGCAAAGAAAGGGUUGUUAUUUUGAAUGUGAAGAAGUAAACUUUCAACCAUUUGCUUGGAAGCCUGUUCUGUUGGGAAUGGCAAGAAAUCUACCCACAGCUUUCUUCAUCUAGGUUUGGCUCAGCACUCAGAAGAGAAGUGAAAAACUCUCUUCUCAAUGGAAGAUGAUUGUGAACCUGAGCAUAGCUCCUGGGCUCAUUUACCUGAUGUCUGUUUGAGGCACAUCUUCCACUGGUUAGAUGACAGAGACAGAUCUCGGGCUGCCUUGGUGUGUAAGAAAUGGAGUUGGGCCAUGUGCUCAGGAUCCCUCUGGAGAAGAAGAAUCAUCACAUUCUAUGGCCGACAGUCAAGAGCACGGACACUGGAGUUUCAAAGUGCGCUGUGGUAUGUCAAGAAAUUUGGCAAGUAUUUGGAGCACCUCAAGAUCAAAUUAUCAAAUCCUUACAAUAGUGCCUUUACCCGGAAAUUUCAAGUGACUAUGAGAGGUCUUCUUUCACAUCUGGGUAAGUGUAACAGUCGCCUAGUGUCCCUGAGCAUCAAGUACCUGGAAUUAGACUGCUUGAGCUGGAAAAAUACGGUCAGGGCUCAGUUUAUCAAGAACUUAGCUACCUUCCUGAAAAGAAUGAGCAAACAGCUUGAUUAUCUCAACUUAAAAGGAGCAAGAGUAACUUUGGAAGAAGGCUGUGACCUUCUAAAUUCUCUGAGCUGCGUGACAAAUAAAAGCUUUGUCUCUGAAAUCAAUAUUGAGGAUUACUUCAGUCUCCACCUUCCUGUCUACAGCAGCACCUUGUUCCACCAGACUAUGUCCAAGUUCCACAGCCUGGUCAUCCUGACUUUUAAUUAUAACUGCAUCUCUGAUGAGCUGCUGGACAUCCUUCAAGAGCACAGCGCACAUUCCCUGUGCACCUUGAAUAUCAAAUGUCAUAUCCGUGACCCACAUGGACAAGUAGUCUUGGGAAUGUCGUGGGCAAACCUGGCUAAGAGAGCCCCAAAACUGAAAGUGAACUUCUUCUUUGAAAGAGUGAUGAAGCACGAUCACCUAGCCAAGAUCCUGCUAGUGGAGAUCCCAGUAAGGAGCAUCAGUCUACGGAGCUGCUAUUUCAGUAACCCAGACUGGACAAUGAGACCUACCCUCACCAACCUCCUUCCAGCCUAUUGGUGUGUUCUGCAGAAAUUGACACUGGAAUUAAACAAUGUACAUGAGCUGCUGGAUGAUGAGCUGCUGCAGCUCAUCUUAACAUCCAAGAGGUUGUUAUUCCUGAAAGUCUGGGCAUUUCUAAGUGUCACCUUUAUCGAGAGGCUGCUACAAAACCGUGCGGAAAGGAAAUGCAUUUUGACUACCAUAAAGGUCAGGAUUUACACAGCCCGACCAGAGAGCAGUGAGGAGGAUCAAUGGUUGUGCGAUAUUUACAGGAAGUUCAAAUACCUGAUUGAUUCGGAGCUUAAUUAUUUUGUCAUCACCUACCCACUGGUGUAAACCACAGGGAGAGAGAAGAACCCAGUGACAUCUGCAAGCAAUGAAUGGAUCCUUUGGAGGGUGUUAGUAAGGAAUUUGAAUCUUGGCAGUAGUGCCUCUGAAAGGAAGAUAUCAUUACAGCGAGAGAGAGGCAAGGGACAAUUUUACACUCCAUCCAUUAAAACGUUGGACUUGGGAACUGGCUUCCUGUGUCUCCAGCAUCAUUUA